AUGGCGACGACGAUUCCACUCUUCGCUUCUUUCACGUACGCCGAUAGUCUAACCGUCGUCGGAAUCUCCUUCUGCACCGCGUUGGUCUGUGAAGCCAUCUCGUGGAUCUUAAUCUACCGUACCAGCUCCUACAAAUCAUUGAAAUACUCAAUUGACAAGGCAGCGAAGAAACUCGAGACGAUGAAGACAGAGAACCCAUCCUCGAAGCUAAGCUUAAAGAAAUCGAAGACGAAGAAGAUCGAUCGCGUUGAAACGAGCUUGAAGGAAUCGAGCCGAGAUCUGUCUCUCUUCAAGUUCAAAUCCGGUGCUGUCGUGGCGUUGGUUCUUUUCGUCGUCUUCGGGUUGCUUAAUUCCCUCUUUGAAGGUAAAGUCGUCGCGAAGCUUCCUUUCCACCCGAUUACGAUCGUGAAGAAGAUGAGCCACAGGGGAUUGAAAGGUGAUGAUCCAACGGAUUGCUCUAUGGCUUUUCUUUAUCUUCUGUGUUCAAUCAGCAUCAGAACCAAUUUACAGAAAUUUCUCGGGUUUUCUCCACCUCGUGGAGCUGCUGGUGCUGGUUUGUUCCCAAUGUCAGAUCCCAAGACGAACUGA